UUUUGACAACAAACAAAAAAAAAAAGGAGAACUACUCACCAGUUUUCUUUAGUGUUGUUAGUGUGUUGACCAAAGAGAAAGAGAAAAAAAAAAGGACAUGAACUUCCACGUGAACUGGACUGAUGAAGAGACUCAGGAACUCCUCAAAGUGUGGUCUGAAGAAAAGAUUCAGGUGGGCCUGGGGGAAUCUGUUAGAAAUGAGAGAGUUUAUGGAGAGGUGUCCAGGAGACUGGCUGCUAUGGAGAUGUAUCGUUCUGCAAAACAGUGCAGAGACAAGGUCAAGAAGCUGAAACUUGAAUACAGGAAGACAAAGAAACACAGUGAAGAAAGUUGGGAUAUCAAAAAGAACUUCAAGUGGUACGAUGCUUUGGACUCUAUCAUGAGGGAAGAGCCAGCGAGCAGAGAAGACCAUGUACUGCCAGCCGCCAUGAUACAGAAGUUCAUGAUUUCUGACCAGGAAACAAGUUUAGCCAUCAAAACAGAAAUUCCCGGAAGCUGCAGCAACUCCUACACGACCUCUCAGUCAGCAGAAGAAACGCCUUCGCCCACAGAGACCAAAGAAGACCCGGGUCUCUACAUCGUUCAAGUGGAAGAUGUUGACGUUCCGUCCACGAGCACGUCAGUGAAGUCCGCUGCCCUGCGCACGUCACUCAAAGGCAAGUCAAAUCAAGUCGUAAGAGGGAUACAGCCUGAGGAAAAACAAAGCUAUGUGUUCACACAAUACUAA